UUAGUCACAGUAGUAACUGCAACUGCUCCCUCCCUCUCUCUCUCUUCUUUCUCUCUCUCUCUCUGCGAAUCCAGAAAAGAAAAUUAUGGUAGGGAAUCCUCCGUGGAGACACAUAGCAGGGUUUGCCAGAUUAGGGUUCUAUUGAUGCUCCCUCUUCAUCCAUCCACAACAUCUGCGAUAUUAUUAAAUUGAUAAAGAAACGAAGCACGAAGAUAUUCUAUCCGAAGCAGUGCCAGGUGAUCAAUUCUUCCAAGAAAAUCUUGAUUUCUCCCUGUCUUUACUCGUUGAUUCUUUUCAGGGGGAAGGAAUAGAUAAUACAUGGCUACGGAGGAACCAAGAGUUAUUGAAGACAGAGUGAAGCUAGAAGAAGAUGAAGAAGACUUCCGGAGCUGUUGUGAGGAUGAAGACGAAUUGAAGGAAGAGUGUCCCAAGGUGGAUUUGGAAGAUUAUCUUGAUGAGCAUUCUGCGAAAAUGUAUUUUAAGGGUGCUUCUAUUGCUUGCCCCGGUUCUAGGAUUUCUGGAAUUGGGGUUGUCAUGGAAUCCUCAGCCCAUCGAUCUCCAAUCCUAGUUCAAAAGAAGCUUGAUUUCUUUGUGGAGGAGUUAGUUGCAGAUUAUUUAGCUAUGUUGGAUGGUUUUUCUGUUGCUAUACAGAAUAAUAUGAAGAGGGUGUUUGCGUUUACUGAUUCAGAAGUCUUGUACAAUCAGAUUAUCUGUGAUGAGGAAGUGGAAACUCCUCUUCUGGUGGCACUGAGACAAAGGAUCUUGGAACAGGUCGGUAACUUAGAAACCUUUGUCCUAAAACGUGUCCCCGCUAUUGAUAUACAAAAGGCUUUGCAUUUGGCUCAAGUAGCUGUUGGUAUAAUCUCAUUUCCUGCCAAAGGAGAGGAAGCAACGGAAAGCUGUUCAAUAUGUUGCAAGGAAAAGCCUUCAACAAUGAUGCUCACAAUCAAAUGCUCACACCGAUUUUGUUCCCAUUGUUUAAAAACAUAUGUAGAAGGAAAAUUAGUGUCUGCUGAGGCGCCCAUUAGAUGCCCACAAUCGGGAUGCAAGUGCUGUAUUUCGGCCUCCGAGUGUAGAUCAUUUCUUCCGGUUAGUUCUUACCUAUCUUUGGAAAGAGUUCUUUCCAAAGUAAACAUUCUCCGCUCAAAUAGGAUAUAUUGCCCGUAUUCUAGUUGCUCGGUCCUGCUUGACCCCCAAGAAUGCUUGUCGGCAAGGGUGGGCUCAUCGAGUCAGUUUGGAAAUAGUUGUGCAGAGUGCCCUGUGUGCCAGAGAUUCAUCUGUGUUGAUUGUGGGGUUCCUUGGCAUUCUUCCAUGACAUGUGGAGAAUAUCAGAGCCUCUCUCUGGAGGUGAGCGAUGAUGCCUCCGAUACAGCCUUGCAUCAUGUGCCACAAACCAGAAGGUGGAGACGCUGCCAACAGUGCCAAAGAAUGAUUGAGAUUGAUUAUGGUUCCUACCAUGUGGCCUGCUGGUGUGGCCAUGAGUUCUGUUACUCCUGUGGCAUGGAUUACAGGAACAGCCGACAGGCGUGUCAGUGUGCUUUCUGGGACGAUGACGUAGAAGAAGAAGAAGAAGAAGAAGAAGAAGAAGAAGAAGAAUCCUCAACCUCAUCUUAUCCCACCGCCCAACCGUUUGAGCAAUGGGCGUGGGACUCGUUCGAGUCACUCCCAAUGAUGAUGGAUGCAUACUCGGAACAAGAGAGAUCCCAGCUGGCGCUGAUCCAGCGGUUCCUUGCAGGCGGAUUGGGCUUCAGCAUGAGCGAGCACAAUCCCUGCGAGUCACAAUCUCAAUCGGCGUCAUCGUCAUCGUAUGCGGACGCCAUGAAGGACCUGCACCAGCUGCCUUGGCUGGAAAGAUUCGUGUCGGUCAUAAGCGACGAUAAUUACUACGAGGAUUACAUCCAAAUGACCUGACCUGACAUUGAGGAUGAUGCAAUCGGAGAGAUGAAUUGAGAGAGAGUAGGAGUAGCUCACUCUUACUCUCACUCAUUCACUAGUUGGUAGUGUUGUUAUUGUGUUUGUGUGUGUGCGUUUAUCUGCACGCACCAUAGAAGAAGAAGAAGAAGAAGAAUUAUUGAACGAGUGAUGUCUUGUGGAGACAAGAAAGAAAGAAGCUGUUUAUAAUAAUUAUAGUAUUGACGACUGACAUUGAUUUGAAUCAAUCGAAACAUAUUACUCCUUAUUAAUCAA